AUGGGGGAUAUCGGAAGCAGCUUGAUGAGCGAGAGGGGAUACGACAGCGAUGCCCAGUACCUCGCAACCCCAAAAUACAGUGACCGCAUGGAACGAUCCCCGACAAGCCGCCCCUUUCGCAGACUGGAGUUGAGUGAAGUACUUGAGCAGAGGCCUGAGCUGUUAGAUCCUGUGUUCCGGGCAGCAGCAUUCAACGACAUUCCCGAAAGCGAAUCUGAGUCUCCCUUUGGGCUGCGCUAUAUCCCUACCCUACAUGGUAGUCUGAGCGGAGCUCGAAAUGCCUCUCAUGUGAGCGGCACCGGGUACAACAAUGGAGCAAGACCUGCAACUUCCCCCGGCGAGGAACCGAUCACUCUCAGCGCUGGGAUGCAACCCGCCGCGACGAGAUCUAUCGACACCCUGACAAUCGUCACCCCGAAUUCUGCUGCAAAUAUUCUGGAGCCACUCCCGUCCAUCGAGAUUCCUGCAGGUAUCAAUAGCCAGACCCUCAUGGCCGACUGGAUCCAGUUCUUGAGGACGAACCGCCAGAUCCGAGGCACGACCUCGGCAUCACUGUCAGAUCAUAGUCCGGAUCUUGUCGUUCCGAAAAGACGAGAGUCAUUUCCCUCUGACCAGUCGUUGGUCGAAAACCGGCCACUGCACCUGGAUGAGCUCCGCAUUUCCCAUAUCCUGGCACCACGAUCUAUCUCUUCGGGAACACACUCGGGCAACACGUCCAUCACAGCAGGACGUACCCACACAAACAGAUAUGCGUUGUUAACCGCAGAGGAUUCUCAGUCGCGCCAGAAAACAGCAACAACGGCGGUCUCGGGACCAGAUCCCCAGAAACUAGCCGCAAUUCGCAAGCGAGAUGCAUCAUCAUUCUAUUCACGCCAAAGCAGUCUUUUGUCAACGGAGGUGUUCAAGACCCGUUCUGUCAAUGCAACAGGUAGCAAGUCGGAAAUCCAGACAGGUCGGAUCAGUCAGGGCGAGGAGCCUGAGGCUCUUAUGAAAAGCAAGUUUGUUGAACAACUUAGCCCCAUUACAAAUGACUCUGAGCCCUCCCGCUCUCCCAUUGAUGAGCUAGAAUCGUCCCCUCGUCAAGUCAGCAUCGGUUGGAUGACCAACGGUCGACGUACAGGGUAUGGCUACACAAUGGUCUCUAAAGCUGAAGAAGCUGUCCUUAGCAAUGAUACCCCUCUCCAAAUCCAGGACCCAAUCGAGCGGCCAUCACUGACAAAUGCUGACGAUGAGAAUAUCAAGUCGACUGAAGUCGACUGUUCUAUUGCGAUUGACCCUGCUUCGGAAGAGUCAAAGAUGUUGGUUCCUCUCGAACAGCCUAUCACUAUCGUUGACCGCCGACAUCCUCCUGGAGAUCCAGCUAAGGGGCCCGAGGAUGGCAAUGAUACCACUGAAUCGAUCAAGGAAGACAUUUCAUGGUGGGAGAAGCUAAGGGGCCGACCCAUGAGCAUCCAGCCCCGGCCGCGCAAAGCCAAGGAAGAUGUUCAUCAUGGACGCAAGACAUGGGUCCUUGACAGGGGACAAGGCUCUUCGAUCCUUGAAGAGCUAUCAGAGCACCCUCAAGUCGAAGGUUCCACCGCAAACACCCAGGCCCUUCCAUUCAACGGCCCUCCAGUCGGUAUUCCGCAUGGCUACAUUCCUUCCCCUCCAGUUCCGUCUCGAAACGGGCGCUGGUCGUGGCGGGUUUCUAAAUACAAGGAGACCAAGAGAGAAACCAAGAGAUUCUCGAAUGGACGCCAGGAGAAUUCGGAUGCUUCUUCUGGUCCAUCGUUCCACGACUGUGCAUCAACUGGACUUGGCCGGGCCAAUUCGACGAGGAGCAAUGCCGAAGAUUUGGCGAGUAUGUAUCAGACGGAGUGUCUUGGUUCCAUGCCUGGAGCUUUUGAGGGGAGUUCGUGGGCCGGGCGGGCGUGA